AUGGCUCCCCUGCUCAAUGGACGUCGUCGCGCUCUCCUCUUGCUUCCCCCCGCGCCGUCCCCGCCGACGUUUACCGCAUUGAAGGCUGCUUACGGCCCGUCGCUGUCCUCCGUCCUCACCAAGCUAGCCCGCCCACACAGCAAACAUCAAGGUGCUGUAGUUCUAGACAUCGCUCUACCAUGUGACCAUCUGCACGGUAAACAGGACCAGCCCAGGAGCACCACUUAUGCUACUACACAGCGGCUGGUGGCUGGGCUCUACAAGCUCGUCUGUGUCAUCUCAGCCAAGGAAUCGAUUGACGUCGAGGAUGCCGACGGCAUAGACCCACGUCUCUUACUUCUGGCCUAUCCCCGGAAUGGAAAACUGGACCAAGCCUUAAUCUCACGACCAGAGCUGGACACCCAAGGCCCCAUCAUCGACAUAACCACCCUCGCCUCUUGUUCUCGGCCAUGGGAUACCAUUUAUGCCGUGGAAUCUGAAGAGGGCGAGCAGAUCCUCAAGACUUUCCUUUCCAGUGGAGCUCAGGACCGCAAUGUACAUAGGGUCCCGGCCGGCAUUGUGCAAGUCUCCUCCCAAGCUGAGCCAGAAUCAGCCGCCCCUACUUCAAUUACAGCCAAAAAACACCAUUCCGUUGCAGUGGGUGGCACUUUUGAUCACCUGCAUAUAGGCCACAAGUUGCUACUUACCAUGUUUGCUCUCGCCCUGGACACACCACCCGAGUCGGUGGACACUGAGCAAAGUCUUACCAUCGGCAUCACAGGCGACGAAUUGCUCAAGAACAAAAAGUUUGCCGAAUUCCUCGAGAGCUGGGCCCAGCGGCAACAGAGCGUGCACGACUUCAUGAGCUCCAUCCUGGACUUUGGUCCCAACGAAGACAGCCGCGUCGUGGCCAAAGAGCUGACAGAACCAGGCCCAAAUGGACACGCUAUCCACGUAACUUUCCCGUCACAUCUGGUGAUCAAAUACGUGGAGAUCUGGGACCCCUUUGGACCCACCAUCACGGACGAGUCCAUCUCUGCGCUGGUCAUCUCGGCUGAAACGCGCUCAGGUGGCAAGGCUGUCAAUUCCAAGAGAGCCGAAAAGGGCUGGCCGCAGCUUGAGGUGUUCGAGGUCGAUGUCCUGGACGCGGAAGAGAAGGACGGCGACGUGGAGCCGGCAGACGAGAGCUUCCAAAGCAAAAUCAGCAGCACCGAGAUCCGACGCAUGCAAGCUGGCAAGUCGAAAAGCAAAAGGUAA